AUGGGAACUUGGAAGCAAAGACUCGAUAACUUGCCCGUAUUUCGACGAAAGCCUGAAACGCAGCACAUUGCAUGCGGAAGAAUACUUGAUGGAGACAAGGCUUACAUCAAGAACAUCACCCUCAAACGCAUAAAGCUACGUAACCGCGAAUUGAACAUGACCUGCAAGGAAGUAAAGGCCCGUAUAUUACCACCGAGAAGUCUGAAGAAGUUAGAGUUUGGAGUGGCUCAUGCUCGCAUUGUAUACGAGAGUUACGAAUUUAUUGAAGACGAAAUACGAUCCAGUUACCACCCGCAGAAUUUCUUCUGUUUCUCGGUUGAUAAGAAAGCCAAAGAAGAUUUGUACUCCAAGAUAUUUACGCUUUCGAAUUGUCUACCCAAUGUGAUCAUAAACCCAAUGCGCUAUUCCAUUAACAGCGGAGGACGUAAUAUGAACCAGGCUCAUUACGAUUGCCUCAAGCUUCUCUCUAAAUUACAGGGUUGGCAGUAUGCCAUAUUACUUCAGAACUACGACAUGAUGAUCAAAUCCGUGUAUGAGACUGUGGCGAUAUUGCAUGAGCUCAACGGAGCAAAUGACAUUUGUUCAAGGCCAUGCGAAAGCAAAAGAUGGAAUCAUACAGCAAAAUGGGAUGUGCGUUCACUCAAGCUUUUCCGAAACGAGUCACAAGCAUCGGCAACCCAGCUAGCAGCCAAUCUAACAAUAGUACGAGACAUGGUACAGUCUACAAUAAGCAGAGCUGCUGUUGAAUGGGCUGUUAAAGCCGUUGAUUUGAGUACGCUUAUCAAACAAAUCAACACAGCUAUAUAUGGUUCAGACGAGCUGCUUUGGGCCGUUUUGCAAAUGAGCGACGAUUUGCAAAUGCCAGGAAGAUUUACACAGAAAUGCAAGCAAAGUUUCGUACCAUGCAUUACAAGGACAGCAUUUUGGUCCCGCCAAAAAAACAUAAUUCGAUGCCCAAAGUAUAGACAUAGCGUCUGCGUGUUUGGUAUUGAAAACCUGCAGCUUUUAUCUGAAAGUAAAAGCCUAAUGGCUAACAAGCCUUAUCCUGCUUUUGAUUAUGCAAUUGUUGACUGCAUGCAUGAACUACUCUUUAACCGUACACACUUGGACCAGGUCGAUCAUAAUCUGGAUCUGCAAUUCUAC